AUGGUCUCCCUCUACCAUGCUUCCAUCCCCAUGAUGGUCAAAUACUUAGGUAACCUCAAGGUUAUUCUUAUCAAAGCCGAGAAACAUUGCGCCGCCAAGAACCUCAACCCAGAAGAGAUGAUUAAGUUUAGACUCAUCGAAGACAUGCGCAGCCUUGACUAUCAAGUUCAAUCCGUAUCGAACACGGCAAAAUUCGUUGCCACUCGCCUCGCUCUACAGGAAGACACCUACUUCCCCGACACCGAGACCACCUUCCCGGAGCUCCAAUCUCGCGUAGACGCCACGAUAUCCAUCCUAUCUAGGAUCGACCCAUCCUCCAUGGACGGCAAGGAAAACGCCGAUAUUCUCAUGGAAACCAAGUCAAUGGGCAUAUUCCGCUUCACGGGCUACUCAUAUAUUGUUCAGUAUGCCUGCCCCAACUUCCACUUCCACCUCAGCUCCGCGUACUGCAUUUUCCGUCACUUGGGUGUGCCUCUCACGGCGUUUGAUUAUCUUGACACGCAACGCGACCUGUUCGUCAAAUUCGAGGCGCCCGCUACGCCUGUUUCUUGA